AUAGCGUCAAGAGGAGACAACUUAGCCUGCCUUUGUCCAACAGUUUUAAGCGUGCUUUAUUAUUUUAUGUAUAUUCUCGUCGCUGCAUCUUUCCUGAAUGUUGUUUUCAUUGCAUUUGAUAGACUUUUUGCUGUUUCGCUCCAUUUGCGAUAUCAGGAGCUUGCCACGCCCAGACGUGUUACAAUAGUGUUGGUGUCUGUAUGGAUAAUAAGUUGCGUCCUCGCCUUCCUAUUUAUUUUCUUUCCAAAAGAAAUGGAAAUGGUAGCUGCGGUUAUUUCCGUAACAGGAUAUAUUCUAACUACCGUGAUAUAUGUUCGAAUUUACAAAGUUGUCAAAUAUCAUCAGAAUCAGAUAUACAGUCAAAAUCAGCUUCAAAAUGCCCAAACAAGAGAGGCACACAAACAAAGAAAAUCCCCCUAUAAUAGUUUAUUU